GGCAGCCAGGCGGGGGCCGGCCAUUGGAGCCCGGAGCGCCACCGGUAGGAGGCGCGCACCCAAGGGCGCCGAGGUCCCCCCACGUCCCGGCUGCGACUGCCACCUGCCCCGGGACCAUGAUAGUCCUGGUCAGGUUCAACUCCAACCAUGGCUUCCCUGUGGAGGUGGACGGGGACACCAGCGUGGCCCAGCUCAAGGAGGCGGUGGCCAGGCGGCAGGGCGUCCCCGCUGAGCAGCUGCGGGUCAUCUUCGCGGGCACGGAGCUCCAGAACGAGUGGACAGUGCAGAGCUGUGACCUGGACCAGCAGAGCAUUGUGCACGUGGUGCUGCGGACCCAGCGGCCGGGAGAAGUGGGGACCCCUACGCCCCGAGGGCCCUGCCUGUCUUGGGCUAUGGGGGGCCGGGCCAGGGAGCCCCAGAGCCUGACCCGCGUGGACCUGAGCGACUCCGUGCUACCAGCCAACUCAGGGGGGCUGGCCGUCAUCCUGGAGGAGGCCCGAGGCCCGGAGACCCCCGUGGCAGGACGACCAGGGGGAGCCCACAGCAGCUUCUUUGUCUACUGCAAAGGGCCUUGCCGGUGUGUGCAGCCCGGGAAGCUCAGGGUGCAAUGCGGCACCUGCCAGCAGGCCACACUCACCUUGGCCCAGGGUCCUUCCUGCUGGGAAGACGUCCUGGUGCCAGACCGACUGCGGGGCCAGUGCCAGUCCCCAGGCUGCCCGGGGACGUGCGCGGAAUUCUUCUUUAAGUGUGGUGCUCACCCGACCUCUGACAAGGAGACGUCGGUCGCCCUGAACCUGAUCACGACCAACAGCCGAGACGUCAGCUGCAUCACCUGCACGGACGUCAGGAGCCCCGUGCUGGUCUUUCAGUGCCGCUCCCGACAUGUCAUCUGCCUGGACUGCUUCCACCUGUACUGCGUGACCAGGCUGAACGACCGGCAGUUCGUACACGACCCCAAGCUGGGCUACUCCCUGCCGUGUGUGGCCGGCUGCCAGGACUCCCUCAUCACAGAGCUGCACCACUUCCGCGUCCUGGGUGACGAGCAGUACGCCCGCUACCAGCAGUACGGCGCGGAGGAGUGUGUCCUGCGCAUGGGCGGCGUGCUGUGCCCGAGGCCGGGCUGCGGGGCCGGGCUGCUCCCCGAGCCGGGCAGCAGGAAGGUCACCUGCGAGGCGGGCAGCGGCCUGGGCUGCGGGCUGGUGUUCUGCCGGGAGUGCCUGGAGGCCUUCCAUGACGGCGGCUGCCAAGGCCCGGGGGGCGUCCCUGGGACCCCCGCCCAGGCCUACCCCGUGGACAAGAUGGCCGCAGAGCGGGCUCGCUGGGAAGAGGCCUCCAAGGACACCAUCAGGACCACCACCAGGCCCUGCCCUCGCUGCCGGGUGCCCGUGGAGAAGAAUGGCGGGUGUAUGCACAUGAAGUGCCCACAGCCCCAGUGCCGGCUCGAGUGGUGCUGGACCUGCGGCCGUGAGUGGACCCGAGACUGCAUGGCCGACCACUGGUUCGACGUGUAGGGGUGGCCCCGUCUGUCUGUCUGUCGGUCUCCUUUUCCCAGCACACAUGGGACACCCACCCAUGCACACUCACACGCAGACACUCAGUACCAGCACCCAAAGGAUGAUGAGAACAGCCGUGCGCACCACAGGUCUGGGCAGACACAGCCCUUGCCUUUCAGCCGGACGGCCAUCCUGGACAGAGCUCCUGUCACCAGCACAGGGACUCUACUCUGGCUCUGAGUCCCUGCACUGUCCCCCAGUGGUCCUGGGGUCUGCCCCUCCCUGUGAGACCCCUUGGGACGGGCAGUGGUCCUGGGGUCUGUCCCCUCCCUGUGAGACCCCCUCGUGGGCUCUGGUGUCCAAGGGUGGCAGCACUGCCUAGCUGUCCAGGGUCCUGACAUGGAGCCAGAGCCUGUGUCCACCCCGAGGACACCAUGUCCAUGUUUGGCCUUGAUGGAGCCCGGCCGCCCGUGACCAGGACCCAGGACCAGAGUCAGCGUCUCAGGCUCAGCUGACCCUGGAGGGCCUUACCUAGAACUAUCGGUGACACCUCCCUGGCCAUCAGGACACAUCCGCCCUCGUCCCCCGACUCUGUGGCCCGCGGCCCCCCAGCCGGAUGGCGCUGCAUCCCCUCAGGAAGCCCAGGCCUGAGCUCUGCCCGCUAACAUGGCUGAUGUCAGUGUUA